CCCACAGCGGCGCACGGCUGCGCCGAUUUCUUUCGGGAGGCAUGGGGAGGCCGCGACGCGACGUUUCGGGAUUCUACCGGGCGCGGCAGGGAUGCCCGCGACCCCUGCCCACCUGGGCAAGUGGUCGAGUCCGAUGCUGCUAUGAGAUCACGCUGUCCAUCACAGGGGCUCACUCUGCUCUUCCCUUCUCGAGAGGAGGAGUUGGAGACACUGCUGCUGAACCUGGAGCGCGCUACUAAGAGGUGGGGUCUUACCAUCAGCGCCACCAAACUAAGCACCUGCCUGGGCCCCGCUGACCCCUCCGCGGUGUCGACGCUGAGCCAUGGGCGAUUGGAGCUUCCUGGGCAACGUCCUCGAGAAGGUCAACGAGCACUCGACGGUGCUCGGCAAGGUGUGGCUCACGGUGCUUUUCAUCUUCCGCAUGCUCGUGCUGGGCACGGCCGCCGAGUACGUGUGGGGGGACGAGCAGUCGGACUUCGUGUGCAACACUCAGCAGCCGGGCUGCGAGAACGUCUGCUACGACGAGGCCUUCCCCAUCUCCCACGUGCGCCUCUGGGUGCUCCAGAUCGUCUUCGUGUCCACGCCGUCGCUCGUCUACGCCGCCCACGCCGUCCACCACCUGCGGGGUCGCGCCAAGAGGGCCACGCUCGCCACGGCCGCCGCCGCCAGCGCAAAGGCCGCGGCGGCGGCGGCCGCGGCAGCGCGAUCGGGCGGCCCGCUGCCGCUCAAGGUUGCCGGCGGCGGUGGCUACUGCUCGGACUACCUGGGGCCGGCCGAUGACGGCGCCCCGCUCGUGGAGAAGGACGUCGACGACGAGAAUGCGAUCAACGCCGAGGGCGGAAAGGUGCGCCUCGAGGGUAAGCUCCUGCACACCUACGUCGUGCACAUCUUCUUCAAGGCCACCUUCGAGGUGGGCUUCGUGCUGCUCCAGUACUACCUCUAUGGCUUCUCCCUGCGGACGCUGUACCGCUGCAGCCGCUGGCCCUGCCCCAACGUGGUCGACUGCUUCGUGUCGCGCCCCACCGAGAAGACGGUCUUCGUCGUCUUCAUGCUCGCCGUCGCCGUCCUCUCGCUGCUGCUCAACGCCCUCGAGCUCAUCCACCUCGCCUGGCGGACCAGCAGGCUCAGCAGCAGCGGCAAGGCCCGGCGACGGCGCUAUGUCGGAGGAGGAGGAGCCGGCAGAGGCGGCGGAGGAGGAGUCGUGGUCUUGGGGGGCGAGGAGGUGGCGGAAGAUGCCGUGGCGCGGCUGACUGAGGACGGCUGCGUGCCGGGAGCGGCCGCCUUCGCGCCCCACAGGCCAUCGGCCCCGUUCAGGGGAGCAUUUGCGAAGGCGAAUGAGAACACGCUGCCCUCCUUCUGCCCGCUCUCCGUGAGCCACCUGACCGUCUACGGCUCGCACACGAGCAAGGAGGCCGCUGAGAAGCCGAGCCUCGCGGCAGACGCCGGAGGCAACUCCGGGAGACAUUUCGGGGGAGGAGGAGGGAGCGGAGGAGGAGGGAGCGGAGGAGGAGGGAGUGGAGGUGGUGGUGGCAGCGGAAGCUUGAGCAGUUCUCCCAAGGAGAUCAAGGGGGCGGACAUCUCGGAUCGGAGAUCUCCGAGCAGAACGAGCUCUCGAGCGCGGUCCGAUGACCUCAAUGUCUAAGAGUUAAGAGAGCACAGGGCUACUUUCUUUUUUUGUCAGACACCAAAAUGGCGACUUGAAACGCCGAUCGAUAAACAAAGUCUCCCGCAACCAAAGCUCACUCGGCACUCUGAUCAUGAAACACAAUCUCCUCGAGCCAAGUCUCAGUUAAAGGUGCCAAUCCAUAAACCCGGGAUCUGGAGCAAAUCUGCGAUCAUGACAUUCGAUUUUUCUCCUGUCGAGUGUCCUCAUCUGAAUCCCAGUCUUCCAGAAUCUAGUCUUAAUCGAGACUCCAAAUCCCAAUAUCCAGUCUCCGAGAUGAAUGAGGAACUGAGUAAAUAGUCCGGACACGAAUCCUUAAUUAUAUAUUCUGCUGGAACCAAAUCUCAAUUGACGCUUCAUUCCUCAAAUCCGGUCAAUGUAGACUCUGAUCAUGAAACUCGGCCGUCCUGACGCUAAAAUCUUAUCAACUCAAAAGUGGCUCUGUGUUCUCUCAGUCUGACAAACCUGAUUCUCACGGUGCCAGUGUACUCUUCUGAAAUCCUACCUGCUACCGGACCUGUUCAUCUUCCUGUAGGUUGUAAUUUGCAAGCGCAAGUCCACUCAGCUUUCCCGCGAGCUCUCCGCCCGUAUUUGUGCUCGCAGGGCCUUUGACGAGGUCCUACCGGGUGUGUGUCAAACCUCCAGUGGAUUUUCGGGCCCCAAAAGACCUCUUUGCCUUCUGGGAUAUUAUAAUUGGUUUUAUACCCUUUUAUCUGGCAACAAA